AUGUCAAGCGCUAUAGGUACCUUAGCGGCGCACAAUGGAAGGAGGAAGAGACAAGCAUGAGGAGAAAGACAAGCACGAUGAGAAAGAUAGGGGGCUGUUCUCGAACAUGAUGCAUGGUGGUGGUGGUUAUGGGUACCCACCUCAGGGAUAUGGAUAUCCUCCACAGGGGUACCCACCACCAGGAGUACCCUACCCGGCAUAUCCUACUCCACCUAUUGCAUACCCUCCGCAAUAUGGGUACCCUCCAUCCAGUGGCUAUCCUCAUUCCGGAUAUUCUCAUGGCUAUGGGAGCAGCCAUGGUGGUGGACACAUGGGACCAUGGCUAGCUGGAGGUGCAGGUCUCGCUGCCGGUGCAUAUGGAGCACACCAUCUCUCUCACGGGGGACAUGGAGGCUACGGUGGACAUAUGGGAUAUGGAGGCUACGGCGGCCACGGCCACGGACAUGGACACCACGGUUAUGGACAUUACCAUGGUGGGCACGGUUACGGCCACCACGGCCACCAUCAUCACCACCACGGGAAGCAUGGUCACGGCAAGUUCAAGAGGUGGAAGUGCUGAUUUGCAUGGUUGAUUGUACUCCAACUCUUAUAUUUGUAGCUGGGCUGCCAGCACUCUUACUCUAAAUGUAUCACCUUAUAUUAUCCUACGUCAACAACUUGGUGCUCUGGCUAUGCUUAAUUGUGCCCGCUCGACUUAUGCUAUGUUUGGAUAAAUAAGGAGUAGCAGAGUACACAUAAACCAAUCAGUUGCUGAAGAUUGAUCGAUCUGUGUUUAA